AUGCAUGCGCAGUGGGACCGCACAUUUGUAGUGGGAGUUCUAGGAGGGGCGACGCUGGCAGCGUACGCAAUCGUGGCCUGUCUGCGCACAGCCAGCCAGGAUCAUCUGGAGCUCUUCCACAUCUACUACCAGCCGCUGCUGGUCAUCCUGGCAAUGCUGUGGCUGUGGGCGAUCGACGUGAGGAUAUUUGAGCGCAAACGCAUCGCCUAUGGAGUCUGCUUCAGCCCCCACGACCAACACUCUUCCAGGCAAGGGGCAGCAUUGCUUGACAUACCUACUGUGACAGUUUGCAUGCUCUGCCCAUGUUCCGUCAUGAGCAUGUCUACGCGCCAGUUCUUUGCCAGGACGCUGUACCGGGUGGCGACGCCGGUGAGGGAGGUGUCAUGGGCGGACUUCCUGCUGGCGGAUGUGCUCACGUCCCUGGCCAAGGCGCUGUCGGACCUGGAGCGCGCCCUCUGCCACCUGCUGGCCGGGCCCGUCAUGCAGCCGCACGCCUCCGAGCAGUUUCUGUCUGGUGAUCAGGUGUGCGGCAGCAGCUCGUGGAUCAUUCCCCUGGGGCUGGCGCUGCCGUACGCAUGGCGCCUGUGCCAGUGCAUACGAGUUUACCGCGACACAGGCGUCCGCACCAAUCUGUUCAAUGCGCUGAAAUACUCCACGGCGUUUCCGGUCAUCUUCUUCUCAGCCAUGAAGUACCAGGUCCCUGUGGAGGAGUGGCACGGCUUCUACAAGCCGAUGUGGCUGCUGUCGGCGCUGAUCAACUCCAGCUAUUCCUACUACUGGGACAUCGAGCGCGAUUGGGACAUCCAGUGGUUCACCGCCCCAGGUGUGCUUGAGAUGCAUCACUGCUGUAAAACCUUCGAGCUGUUUUUCCAGAAGGCGUUUUACUACUACCUGAUGGCGUCCAACCUGCUGCUGCGCCUGGCCUGGACCUACAAGCUAUCGCCGCACUUGCGCCGCAAUCAUGACACCGUCCUCGCCUUCACCCUGCUGGAGGCGUUCCGGCGGUUCCAGUGGGUGCCGGUGCGCGUGGAGGUGGAGCUGCGCAAGCUGCAGCAUGCGCGCCCAGACCUCGGCCAGCUCGUGCCCGCGCCAGCCGCCCCCGAGAGGACCCGGGAACCCUGA